AGUUCGAGAUUGCCAACAUUUAGAAUAUGAGAACUCAAAAUUGUCGUUUAGUCCAAUGUUGGAUUGCUUUUAUAAAAAACGACGGCGUGUAAAAACUGCAUACCGUCUUUGGUAUCUACCAGCUGCGUUUGGAUGGAGGAGUUACCGGAGUGCCCAGUGUGUCUUCAAAACUACGACGACGAAAACGCGAUUCCUCGAGUACUCUCAUGCGGCCAUACAAUUUGUGAAGCUUGUCUUGUACAUCUUCCACCGCGUUUUCCAAACACAAUUCGUUGCCCCGCUUGUACUCAACUCGUUAAAUAUUCUCCCAAUCAAGGCCCUUCUUCUCUUCCCAAAAACAUCGAUCUUCUCAGAAUCUCCCUCCAACAACCACAACACUCUUCAUCAUCACAAAAAUCGAAUCAACGGUCCUCAAUCAACGAUGAAUAUGCUUAUUCCUCUAAAUUCUGGUCUGAUGAGUUUUACGCUGCUUGGAAGGAUUGGAUUCUUCCUCACGAUGCUGUUUCGGUUACCGAGGAUGGUGUUGGUAGGUUUAAUUCGAGUUCUAAAGGUAGGGUUUGCUUUGGAGUUAACCGUACGGUGAGUUUAGCUCCGAUUGUUACUUUGUCUUCGGUUACUGAUUCCAAGUUUAAGUUUAGUUAUGUUGCUUGGGUUAUCAAGUGUUUGGAGGGGAUGAAUGAGGUUGUGGGAGAGGGGUUAGGUUUGAUUCUAGAAGCUUCUGUGAGGCAGAGUAGGUUGUGUAGGGUUUAUGGGUUGUGGAGUGAGGUUGUUGGUGGUAGUUUGUAUUUGGUGUGUGAGAGGCAAUGUGGUAGGGUUUUGGAGAAAUUUGGUGGAUUGAUGAAUGAGGGUGGUUUGGAUUCGGAUAAAGAUGUUUUUUAUAGUUUUGCAAUGAUUGCUAAGGGAGUUAUUGAAGCUGUGAUUGGUUUGAAUUUGGAAGGUUUGGUUGCUGGAUGUUUGGGAAUUUCGUGUUUCUGUUUUGAUGAGCUUGGUGGGGUUUGUAUUGAUUUGAAUGAAGUGUUGCUGAUGGGAAGAAAGAUUAUGGAUCAGGUUUCUGGUGGCACGGAUGAUGAACCGUCACACGAAUCAAUGUGUACUGAAUGUUUGGAUUUAGAGAAUGAGCUUUUUGUUAGCCCCGAGGUUUUGUCUAAGUUUUUGAACAAGAGGGUUGUUAAUCCAGAGAGUGGGGAUUCGAGAUAUCCAAUUGGGUAUGGCUCGGAUGUAUGGUCGUUGGCUUGUGUGUUGCUGCGGCUUCUUAUUGGAAACGAACUCCCUCAGAUUACCUUUGAAAUGAGUGAAGGGAAUGGUUUUGAUAUUUCGGCUAGUUAUAUUUCUUGGGUGGAGAAAGUUAGUUCUGUUUUGGAAGAAAAAAUUGGCUUUGAAUACCUAUCACUUAAGCAGACUCUUUGCAAGUGUUUGGACAUCAAUCCGGAAAAUCGUCCAGAUGUUGUGGAUCUAAGGAAAUCCAUUCAGGAUUUGUUAGUCAAACACCAAUUUGUUUUUUUGGGUAAUUCGGAGCUUACAGUAAAGAGGAACAACACAGGUCACCCUGUAACUCUUGCCAAGCUGUGUCAGUUGCUCGAGGAAAGUUCUAAGGACCCGAGAGAACACGAGUUGCAGGCAAAAGAAGAUGGUGGUCAACCUAAUAUUCUUCAAGGUGCGGAAAAUAUAUCUGAUGAAGAAUUCACUGCUAGCUUAUCUCAAGGAAUGAUUGAGCUUAAAGAUCUGCAAGGCCAUCUUGGUUGUAUCACUGGAUUAGCUGUAGGAGGGGGAUAUCUGUUUAGCUCCUCUUUUGAUAAAACUGUCCGUGUAUGGUCCUUGCAGGACUUUUCUCAUUUACACACGUUUAGAGGUCAUGAGAAUAAAGUCAUGGCUCUAGUUUAUGUUGACGACGAAGAACAAUUGUGUAUAAGCGGUGACAGUGGUGGGGGCAUAUUUGUCUGGGGGAUUGAUGCACCUCUUAGUCAAGAUCCCUUGAGGAAAUGGUAUGAGCAGAAGGAUUGGCGCUUUAGUGGUAUCCAUUCCUUGACUGCUUUUGGAAAUCUUCUCUACACUGGAAGUGGAGAUAGAACAAUCAAAGCUUGGUCAUUGAAGGAUGGAACUUUGAUGUGCACAAUGGAUGGCCACAAAUCUGUAGUUUCCACACUUUCGGUAUGUGAUGAGGUUCUUUACAGUGGUAGUUGGGAUGGAACCGUCCGAUUGUGGAGUCUUAAUGAUCAUAUCCCGUUGGCGGUGCUAGGGGAAGAUCUUCCUGGAGAGAUAAAGUCUAUCCUGGCUAUUACUGCCGGUAGGGAUUUGCUGGUUGCAGCAUAUGAGAAUGGUUGCAUAAAGGUCUGGAGAAAUGACGUGUUCCUGAGUUCCAAAACAUUGCAUAAUGGUGCCAUUUUUGCUAUGAGUCUGCAGGGAAAAUGGCUUUAUACUGGAGGUUGGGACAAAAAUGUUAAUAUACAGGAGUUAUCAGGAGAUGAGUUAGAACUGACCGUCAACACAUUUGGAUCCAUUCCUUCCGGUUCUGUUGUGACAGCUAUAUUAUGCAGCCAAGGAAAACUUUAUGUUGGAUAUGGUGACAAGUCUAUCAAGGAAAAUCUUGGUCGCAUUCAUAAGACUUUCACUGACUUCACCAGCUUGAACCACUGGGUCGUUAGUGACUACUUCCGUCUGGUGGACUCAGUUAAUGCAUUCGAGCCUCGGAUUCAGGCGUUAUCCGAUGAGCAGUUGGCUGCCAAAACCGAGGAGUUUCGCCUAAGACUCAAGCGAGGGGAGACACUCGCAGAUAUCCAAGCUGAAGCAUUUGCUGUUGUUCGUGAGGCUGCCAGAAGAAAACUUGGAAUGCGCCAUUUUGAUGUUCAGAUUAUCGGUGGAGCUGUGCUGCAUGAUGGGUCCAUUGCUGAGAUGAAAACGGGAGAGGGAAAAACCUUAGUUUCCACGCUAGCAGCAUAUCUUAAUGCCCUGACCUCUGAGGGUGUUCAUGUUGUAACUGUCAACGAUUAUUUAGCUCAACGUGAUGCUGAAUGGAUGGGGCGCGUUCAUCGUUUCUUAGGUCUUUCUGUUGGUCUUAUUCAGAAAGGGAUGAAUUCUGAAGAGCGGAGAUUCAACUAUAGAUGUGAUAUAACAUAUACCAAUAAUUCGGAGCUUGGCUUUGAUUACUUGAGAGACAAUCUUGCUGGAAAUAGUGAACAGCUUGUGAUGAGAUGGCCAAAGCCAUUUCAUUUUGCUAUUGUUGAUGAGGUAGAUUCAGUCCUGAUAGACGAGGGAAGAAAUCCGUUGUUAAUCAGUGGUGAGGCUAGUCAAGAUGCUGCACGGUACCCUGUUGCUGCAAAAGUAGCUGAAUUGCUUAUACAUGACAUUCAUUACAAAGUGGAACUCAAAAAUAAUUCGGUGGAGUUGACCGAGGAAGGAAUUACUCUUGCUGAAAUGGCUCUUGAAACCAAUGACCUUUGGGAUGAAAAUGAUCCCUGGGCUAGAUUUGUGAUGAAUGCUUUAAAAGCUAAAGAAUUCUAUCGCCGAGAUGUGCAAUACAUUGUCAGAGAUGGAAAGGCUUUAAUUAUAAAUGAGCUGACAGGAAGAGUUGAAGAGAAAAGGAGAUGGUCUGAGGGGAUUCACCAAGCUGUGGAGGCAAAGGAAUGUUUGAAGAUUCAGGCAGAUUCUGUUGUUGUGGCACAAAUCACAUACCAAUCAUUAUUCAAGCUGUAUCCAAAAUUGUCAGGAAUGACUGGAACUGCAAAAACAGAAGAGAAAGAGUUCUUAAAAAUGUUCCAGACACCAGUCAUUGAAGUGCCGACAAAUCUUCCUAAUAUUCGUAAAGACUUGCCUAUUCAAGCAUUUGCUACUGCUCGAGGGAAAUGGGAGCAAGUUCGCCGAGAAGUUGAAGAUAUGUUUAGACAAGGGCGUCCUGUCUUGGUUGGGACAACUAGUGUAGAAAAUUCUGAACUUUUGGCUGGUCUGCUUAGGGAAUGGAAUAUUCCGCAUAAUGUUCUGAAUGCUCGACCCAAGUAUGCUGCGAGAGAAGCUGAAAUUGUUGCACAAGCAGGACGGAAACAUGCCAUUACAAUAUCUACAAAUAUGGCAGGCAGGGGCACAGAUAUAAUCCUUGGAGGAAAUCCAAAAAUGCUUGCCAGAGGAAUUAUAGAGGACAGUGUAGUUUCUUUUUUGACACGGGAGGACCCAAAUAGUGUACAUGCCAGUGAGGCCAUUUCAGAAAAGAUGCUUCCAAAGAUAAAGGUGGGAUCAUCAUCAUUAGCCUUAUUGGCUAGGACAGCCUUAAUGGCAAAAUAUGUAUCGAAAAGUGAGAGUAAAAGUUGGACAUAUCAGAAGGCUAUAUCUUUUAUCUUGGAGUCUAUUGAGAUGAGUCUUUCAUAUGGUUCGGAAGAGCUAGAGAAGCUUGCCAAUGAAGAAUCUGAGAUGUACCCACUUGGUUCAACAUUAGCACUUGCAUAUCUGUCAGUUUUAAAGGAUUGUGAAGAACACUGUUUGCUUGAAGGAUCUGAGGUCAAAAGGGUUGGGGGCCUUCAUGUGAUUGGUACAUCUUUACAUGAGUCCAGGAGAAUAGACAACCAGCUUCGUGGCAGAGCAGGAAGGCAGGGGGAUCCGGGGUCAACACGAUUUAUGGUCAGCUUGCAGGAUGAGAUGUUUCAAAAGUUCAAUUUUGAUACUGAAUGGGCUGUCAGACUUAUAUCAAAAAUUACAAACGACGAGGAUCUGCCAAUUGAAGGUGGUGCCAUUGUGAAACAGCUCUUGGCAUUGCAAAUCAAUGCAGAAAAGUUCUUCUUCGGCAUAAGAAAAAACCUCGUUGAGUUUGAUGAAGUAUUGGAGGUGCAACGAAAACAUGUUUAUGAUCUAAGGCAGUUAAUCUUAAUAGGAGAUGAUGAAAGCUGUUCCCAACACAUAUUACAGUACAUGCAAGCAGUGGUGGAUGAGAUUGUCUUCAGCAACAUUGAUCCUGUUAAGCAUCCUCGAAGUUGGGGUUUGAGUAAUCUCUUGAAAGAGUUCAAGACAAUUGGUGGAAAGCUGUUGCAUGAAUCAUUUGGAGGGAUUAAUGAUGACACUUUACUAAAUUCACUUGGGCAACUGAAUGAAGUGAAAUCAGUCGAUGUUGUCAACUUUUGCCUUCCAAAUUUGCCAGCACCUCCAAAUGCUUUCAGGGGAAUUCGCAGGAAGAGCUCUUCAUUAAGACGAUGGCUUGCUAUUUGCACCGAUGAUUUAAUUGAGAAUGGAAAGUAUCGGACAACUUCUAAUCUCCUUCGUAAGUAUCUUGGAGAUUUUCUGAUCGCUUCGUAUUUAGAUGUUGUUGAAGAGUCUGGUUAUGACGAGAGACAUGUAAAAGAGAUUGAGAGAGCUGUUCUUUUGAAAACUCUUGAUUGUUUCUGGAGAGAUCAUCUUGUAAACAUGAAUCGACUCAGCUCUGCGGUGAAUGUUAGGAGCUUCGGCCACAGAAAUCCUCUGGAAGAAUACAAAAUUGAUGGUUGUCGGUUUUUCAUCUCAAUGCUCAGUGCAACUCGAAGGUUUACUGUAGAAGCACUCUUACGGCAUUGGACGUCUCCAAUGGAAUCCCAAGAAUUAUUUUUAUAAUGAACAUUUGAGUGCUUUGUGCAUUAAAGGUAGAUAAUUUACACAAGAGUUUUCAACUUAGACAGCAAUCUAUUUUCCCCCAAGGAUUUAUAUGAAGGUAAAUUUGGCAAGGCCAAAUUUUUGUACAGCAUUAUUGAUGUUUCUCCAAGUCAGUUUGCUUUGUCUAGAUAACAUAAAAGGGGGGGUGUACUAGAAUGGUUUCAAGACUCAGAGUUACUCCAUCUCUCAGUAAUGUUUAUCCUUUUUCUUGGUUUGUCAAAGAUACAUAGAAGAUACAAAAAGAUGCUUGCAAAAAUGAUUUGUAUAUUUGUAUCCUGUUACAGGGCAAUCAAAGGAGCAGACCCUAUUUAUUCCAGGGUUUUGCUCAGAUUACAUGUUUUUGCUGAUUAAUUUUUUUUUGGGUUCACAUAUUGAUGGAGCCUAGUGCCUCGAAGAGUUUUAGUAAGACCUACGCCAAACUCAUCCAAGCAAAUAUCAUUUCUGUCCUCUUUGUUCGAUUGGAAGAAUAAGUAGCCAAUUUAGACGUGCAUGGGUCUGUCAAGAGAGCUAAGGGCUAUAAUGAAAGUCACAUUCAUCACGUUUGUCAUGCUUGGAUGUAGUUUUUAUCCCUUUGUCUGUUGUAACAAACACAUGUAAAAUAUGAAAAUAUGUUUAAAUAAUAUGAGAUGUGAUUGCUAUGCUAUCUUACUUUAUUGCUCUUCUAAGCGGAAUAGAGUACCUUUGAACUCCUUUGUAUAUAUAAUUGUAAUUUGUA